GCGCCCGCCGGGGCACGGCCGGGCCGGCGCGGGCCGCCCGCGGCGCCGGUAGCGGGGGCGGCGGAGCCAUGGCCCGCAGCCUGGACGGCAUCGACCUGGCGGCGCUGCGGGACCCUGCAGGAAUCUUUGAACUGGUGCAGGUUGUUGGGAAUGGGACAUAUGGACAAGUCUACAAGGGUCGCCAUGUUAAGACUGGGCAGCUGGCAGCAAUCAAAGUGAUGAAUGUUACUGAGAAUGAAGAGGAGGAAAUCAAGCUGGAGAUAAACAUGCUAAAGAAGUACUCCCAUCACCGGAAUAUUGCUACAUAUUAUGGGGCUUUUGUAAAGAAAAGUCCUGCAGGCCAAGAUGAUCAGCUCUGGCUGGUGAUGGAGUACUGCGGGGCAGGCUCUGUCACCGACUUGGUAAAGAAGACAAAAGGGAACUGUUUCAAGGAAGACUGGAUUGCUUACAUCUGCAGAGAGGUUCUCAGGGGAUUGGCACAUCUUCAUGCUCACCAUGUCAUCCAUCGAGAUAUUAAAGGGCAGAAUGUUCUUCUCACAGAAAAUGCAGAAGUAAAAUUGGUGGAUUUUGGUGUAAGUGCUCAGCUGGACAGGACAAUUGGGAGAAGAAACACAUUUAUUGGCACCCCAUAUUGGAUGGCACCCGAGGUCAUUGCUUGUGAGGAGAACCCAGACUCUACCUAUGAUUACAGAAGUGACCUGUGGUCCCUGGGAAUCACUGCUAUUGAAAUGGCUGAAGGAGCUCCUCCCCUGUGUGACAUGCAUCCCAUGAGAGCACUCUUCCUCAUCCCAAGGAACCCGCCCCCAAAGUUGAAAUCCAGGAAAUGGUCAAAGAAGUUCCUAAAUUUUGUUGAGAGCUGCCUUGUAAAGCAUUAUUUGCACCGUCCAUCCACGGAGACCCUGCUGAAGCAUUCCUUCAUCCGCGACAUGCAGAACGAGCGGCAAGUGCGCAUCAUGCUGAAGGACCACCUGGACAGGACAAGGAAGAAAAAAGGAGAAAAGGAAGAAACGGACUAUGAUUACAGUGGAAGUGAGGAGGAAGAUGAUGAGCUGAAUGAAGAUGAAGGAGAACCAAGCUCCAUAGUUAAUCUCCCGGGGGAGUCAACUCUCCGCCGUGAGUUCCUGAGGCUGCAGCAGGAGAACAAGAACCGCUCAGACCCUCAUCGGCAGCAGCAGCAGCUGAAGGACCAGGAGAAGUACAAGCAGCAGCUGCUGGCAGAGCGGCAGAAGCGCAUCGAGCUGCAGAAGGAGCAGAGGAGGAGGCUGGAGGAUCACCAGAGGCGAGAGCAGGAGCUACGAAGGCAGCAGGAGUGUGAGCAGAGGUGGCCAGAGGUGAAAGUCAGUCAGAGGAAAGAGGAAAGGGGCAAAGAAGACAAAAGGGCUGUGGAAGAUGAAUACUUCAUAGUAGAUGGACAGAGGAAAUUGGAAAAGAAGCAGAAGAUGGAAGAUGUGCAGCACAACAGGAAGAUGCACAGAACCCUCCCCAAAGAUCAGACACAGCUGCUGUCUCUCCAGCAUGACCACAAGCAGAAGAAGAAGGAGCCUUCCAAGAGUUCAAAUGCAGGGCUGCAUCCUCCAUCAAGCAGCACAAGCAAAGAGGCUGAGGACCAAGCCCAGAAGAGUGACAGCCUGCAGCCCUCGCUGUGGCCAGCGGCGCUGGGACACGAGGCCACCGCGCAGCCCAGGAUGGGAUCCGGGAGCAGCUCCAGCCCCUGCACUCCUGCCCCACAGAGAGCCCUGCUCGUGCAGUGUGAGAAUUUCCGGGCUAGUAGGGACGUGUACCACAGCAGCUCCCUGUCAGACAUGGUGACAGCUCCACUCAGCCCUGGGCAGGAUGACGUGUUCUGGAGCACGAGCCACAGCAAGGAGCAGCCCCCAAAGGUUCCAGAAAGGACAACCUCAAAAUUUUAUGGCAGGGAUCAGCCUGGCCAUCAGAGAUGCCUUUCAAGUAACACUCAUCAGUCAUCCCCUGGGGGACAUGCUCUGAAGCUGAACAGUAGCAGCAGCACUCCUGGCACCAAGCAGUGGGAGAUGGGAUCUCAUCAGAGCAGCUGGUCAACCUCAGGGAACCCAGGACUGGCCAAGGCAGAGAAUGUUUUGUCCCAGAACCACGUGCAGUUGCAUCAGAAGCCUGAAAAAGUUUCUCAUCCAGGCCAGAUUGCAAGUCCAGGCUCCUUUGCCAAGGUGAAGGACAGUGCCAACUCCUUGUUAAAAGCAGCAGACUAUUCCUCCUCAAGUGAUGAAGGCAGCAGCAGCAGCAGCAGUGAUGAAGAUGACACAAACCAUACAAGGCAACUGCUCAGCAGCAGAAUUGCAGAUUUCUCAAGGACAAGGGUACCAGAUGGAAUUGAACUGAAACCCCAAAGCACCGUGGCAGAACAGAAGGAUCAGAUUUUAGGGAAACAAAUUCCAAACACUCAAGAAGGCCUUUGGAGCAUAAACAACCAGAACUAUCUCCUGCCAGAUCUCCUCCAGCAAAGCCAAAUUACAGACUCCUCUGUGAACUCGCCACAAGUGCCACUGACUUGCCAGGAACCUCAGAACAAACCUCUGACUAAGAGCCCCUGUGCUGAAAGCCCACCUGCCAAGAGCAGCACAUCCUCCACAACAUCCUUCACAUCAUUCAUAGAUCCGAGACUGCUGCCAAUCACCCCUCCCACCAGUCCAGUAGGACCUUCCAGUAGUUCUCCAUCUAGUGCCAAACCCGAGCCUGUCAGGAGGGAAAAUGCAAGGAAGGGCUCUGUUGUCAAUGUCAAUCCAACCAAUAUCCGCCCACAAAGUGACAGCCCAGAAAUCCGUAAAUACAAGAAGAAAUUCAACUCCGAGGUCCUGUGUGCUGCUCUGUGGGGGGUAAAUUUAUUGGUGGGAACAGAGAAUGGAUUGUGGCUGCUGGACAGAAGUGGGCAAGGAAGAGUUUAUACUCUGAUUACGAGGAGACGGUUCCAGCAAAUGGAUGUUCUGGAAGGACUCAAUGUGCUAAUUACUAUAUCAGGGAAGAAGAAUAAGUUGAGGGUGUAUUACUUGUCAUGGUUGAGAAAUAAAAUUUUGCGCAAUGAUCCAGAGGUGGAGAAGCGGCAAGGCUGGGUGUCCGUUGGUGACCUGGAAGGCUGUGUGCACUACAAAGUCGUAAAAUAUGAGAGAAUCAAAUUCCUUGUAAUCGCUUUGAAAAACUCAGUGGAGGUUUAUGCUUGGGCUCCAAAGCCUUAUCACAAAUUCAUGGCUUUUAAGUCCUUUACCUCACUUCAUCACAAACCACUGUCAGUUGACCUGACUGUUGAAAAUGGGCAAAGACUAAAGGUCAUAUAUGGCUCAGUAGUGGGAUUUCAUGCCAUUGAUGUGGACUCUGGAUCUGUGUAUGACUUGUACCUUCCAACACACAUCCAGGGGACGAUCCGCCCCCAUGCCAUUAUCAUCCUCCCAAACACCAGUGGCAUGGAGCUCCUGCUCACCUACGAAGAUGAAGGCAUCUACAUUGAUAUAUAUGGGCAUUUCACAAAGGAGACUGUUCUACAGUGGGGAGAAAUGCCAGCAUCUGUAGCCUACCUUCAGUCCAAUCAGGUCAUGGGCUGGGGAGAAAAAGCAAUUGAACUACGCUCUGUGGAAACAGGAAAUCUGGAAGGAGUAUUUAUGCACAAGAAAGCACAGAAGCUAAAAUUUCUAUGUGAAAGAAAUGACAAGGUGUUCUUUGCAUCUGUACAGUCAGGAGGCAGCAGUCAAAUAUACUUUAUGACUCUUGGUCAAAAUGUACUAUUCAACUGGUAAAGAACAUCAAAAUGAAGAAAAUGAAAAAUUCCCUGUAGGUAGCAGUGUAAAAUUCUCAGAGGUAAUACACACAAAUUUGCACUUCUUACCUACAAAAAUGUUGUCAUUAUUGACUUAUUAAAAUUCAUAUUCUUUCAGUCUGGAAAGAAUUCCAUUUUCCUGUUGAAGUAUUGCAAACAUGUUUAGUUUGUCUGUCAAAGUAUGUUGCAAACAGAGAUUGUAUUAGGAGACUUUAGUGAAGAAUGUAGCCAAUAUAAGAAGCUCCCUUGUACUCUGAAAAAUGGACAGUUACACUUUCACAGGCGAUGUAAUGUUGGUAUCUUGAACUGAAGUCACUUUUUAUGGACAGUGACAGCUGUAGGUGGAUACAAAACCACAGCUGGAAUCUAUUUUGAAUUGGGUGUGGGCUCCUUUUGCAGUUUAAGCAAGCUGUUAAUGUCACCAAGAUGAACUUGAAUGACUUGUCCAAGCCUUACAACAGGGAAGGAGUAAGGGUUUGUGCUGGGUCCCAGCCAGACCAGAAGGAUUGAGGAAUCCUCCUUGGACCUUGAGGCGUCCUCCCCUGUGCUGGGUGGCCAGGUGUGUUUCAGUACAGAGUUGUAAAAAUAGUUAAUUCUGAACAUGUGCCCCAGCUGGGAGAUUUUUACCAAUGCAAGGAGGGACGGACUUUGUGUUUGUCUGAGGGCUGGAUGCCCGAGCCCAUGGACACAGUUACUGUAGGAUGUAUUUGUAAAAACAGUUUAAAUAGUCUGUCAAAAUCAUAGAUGCAUAAAGCAUUAUGAACCAGAACCUGUAACUUUCAUUCACAGCUGGGACCCACACUUUUAUGAAUUUAUUUAAAGGCACUACCCAUGUAUAUAAAGAAGGGCACAAGAGCAGGCACUUUCUUUUCUUCCUUCUUGCUCUUCAAGUCUUUGUGUAUUUGUAUGUAAAUAUAAUCUUUCCACAAUAGAUAUUAAGAUUAACAAAUGCAUUCUUAAUAUAGCUAUGAAAAUAUCCAAAGAGUUACUCUAUUAUAAAUAGAAAAUAUAAAUAUUUCCAGGUGCUUUCUAUGCUAAUUAUACCUAAAUAAAGCUGCGUCUUCUAGUGUUAUUGGUGCCAGUGUUUCUGCAUAAACUCUGUUCUCAGGGGCUUAUAAGUUGGCCAUAAAACUAUAGAGAUAUAAUAUAUACAUAUAUAUAUAUAUAUAUACACACACUAUAAAUAUAAUCAUAUACUAUGAUUCAGUUGUAGGGUUUAAUGUAAUCCUCAUGUAGCUGAUUUUUGGAUGUGCUUUGAAAAUGUAGAACAUCAAAUAUAAAACAAAAGAGCUCAUUCCAGACAUGAUACAGUAGGGAUAAUGCUGUGGGCAAAAGUGAAAUCACUAGUUCCAGUGCUUGAAAAUAGGUAUUUUUACUUGAAAUAUUUGAUACUGAAAGGUGCAGGAAAAGUGUGUUGGAAUAUCUGUUUGUCUACCUCAAGGAUGAUGGUUCUGUGUUGACCAAGAGGCAGAAAUAGAGUUGUUGGAGCUGGCAGCUGUGCUGUCCAGUACGUCAGUCCGGGUGCCGGCAGUGAUACUGUGACUGACAGGUGCUCAGCACUGCUGUCCCUGGGGAUGUCAGCAGGGAAUCAAACUAGGGGCUAAUCACCCUUCCCCUUGUUCCCUGGGCUGGCACCUCACUGCUGCAGGCAGGUCAGAGGUGCCUGCACUGUUGCUCUUAUGGUUUUGGCUCUCUGGAGGACUGCACUUUCCAAAGUUACUAACCUAGCACUUUCCCAGGCAUUAACUUGUCUCAAAAUCUAUAAUGCUUUUAAUGAAAAAUUUUCCUUUUACAUUUUAAUUUUUUUCCUUUUAAUUUUCCUGUUUAACUAACAGAAAAAAAGCCUAAUGCCAUACUAAAAAAAAUUCAUUUAAAGACUCAAAGUGGUUCUUAAUGUAUGUGAGUGAUUAGCUUGUGCAGACUUGAAAUCUGAAUGGAAACUGCUUGAGCAGAGCUGUGUGACAACAGGAGCUCUGUCUGGUUGUAGUAAUGUUCCUGCCUGUUGCCAGGGCCAGGGCUGGGGCAGAUAAGCAAAGCCUGGCUUGGCUCUCUGUGCUGCUGAACACUUGAGCUCAUUGCAUUGGAUUUAUAGAGCAAACAAACAACAGGAAAUAAAUAAAGCCUCCAACAAAACCAAACAAGUCCAAAUCUAUAACGGAACCAGAGAUCAAAGUUACAAUUACUGGCAAAAAGUAAGUUGCAGACAAUCAAUCAAUUUAUCAACUUACUUGCUUUUGACUUAAAAGUCUAAGAGUGUGAAGGAAGAGCAGCUUUCAUUUUGCACACAGUAGGUGCAAAACUUGCCAAGCUGCUCGUGCUGUAAGUAUUCAGUGAUCCAGUAUUCAGUGAUUCAGUAUUCAGCUGCCCUUUCAUAUUUUGAAAGUCUGCUUAUUUCAGCAGCCUCUGCAUUACAGAGGAUGCAUGGGAUAUUUCCCUCCCCUCUUCUGGUGUCAACAGGUAGGAGGCUGAUAUUUUCCUGAUGCUAGGGACUAGUUAAAAAGAAUUUAGCAAAGAACAGUGGGAAUUUUUAACUCAUAUGAACAGCUGAAAGAAGCAAAUGUGAUCAAGCUUAAGUUUACUGUAGCAUAAAAUUACAAUGACAAUACAUUGACACACUGUGAAGAAGUUUAACUCCAUGCUAAAAGGGAAAAAACCCAAACAACCCCAAGUUCAAGAGAGGGAAUAUGCACUAUUACAUUGGGAUUGUAAUUCAUUCUGUUUCCCUCUAUUAGCUUUCUUCUUUCUAGCUCCAAUUCAAGGCAGUGAGUUGGAUUUUCGUCUUCUAUUCACUAUAAAAAAACCAUUAAAAACUUUCCCUGUGUAAAUAUGGAAAGCAUGAGGCCCUUAGAGGUGAUUGCUUUUGAAGGAUUUAGAAGUGGUAUUGCAAAUAGCAACAGUAACUGGAUGGAACAAGGAGAAACCUGUGGCAUUGUCUCUCUAUCAAGAGAUAAUCAGAAAGGCUGAAGAUGAGAAAGAGCUUAGAGAUGUUGAGAAGAGUAACAGAAGAAAGGGGAGGUGACUGAAGAGGAGGGAAAAGCUGAAGAAAAAAAUCACAAGUAGCCAGAGGUAAGGGAGUGGAUGUCUGGCACAGCAUAUCGCUGUAGGAGGAAUACAAAAGGUUAAACGAUGUUAAUGAAAAGAAAGCAGCCAAAGAAAUGGAAAGGUGUCUGAAGUGACUGGGGGGCGCUAAAUGAGGGAGAAUUUGAAACAACUGUUCAGCUCAAAGCAAAAGUACAAAGGCCAGAAGAAAAAGUGUUUAAAAAUCCAGUAACCAGGGUUACCCAGACAUAAUUUUAACUAUGCAAAAUGUAUAUCAAAUUUGUAAUUUCAUUUUGUGAUGUGUUUCACUAGCUGUACCCUUCCACUAACUUUUAAAACCAAGGACUAAACUGCUUAAUGUGUUUUUCCAGUGAUGUCACUUUGACAUGAAAAAAUGCUACAGGGGCAGAAUGUUAAGGAUCCAUGUCAUUAACCCUUUGGUACAUGCAGUCUCCUAAUGACAGGUGGUGCUCAUAAUGUUGCAUUUGCCACACAAGAUUGUGCUGCAGCAAUGUAGAACUGUGUCUAUGUGCCUGCUUUCAUUUUAGGCAUGGUGAACUCUCUUUUGCAGCCUGAAGCUUGGCACAUGACUUCAAAACUUGGGAACCAUGCAAGUUAUGUACACUGUACACUAUGUAUUGUUCUCUAAUGUGGAAAUUGUACAAUUUAAACAGUAAUAAAAAUACUCUGAAAAAUCAAAA